CAAGCUCAUUCCACACUAUUAUUAUGGUUCGGCAUAUUAGUAUACUCUAUGGCGGCCAACUGUUGGAUGUAAAACUGGAUGUGUUGUUUCAACAUGAAAGAGCAUAAGGUGACAAUGAGUUUUUUAGGGAAAAUGUUUGGGACUAGUGGCAAGAAAGAUGAAACACCUAGUCCACAGCAAGCGAUUCAGAAAUUAAGAGAGACCGAAGAUAUGUUAGUUAAGAAGUCUGACUACUUGGAAAAGAAGAUCACACAAGAAAUAAAUAUAGCGAGAAAGAAUGGAACUAAAAACAAGAGAGUUGCUAUUCAGGCUCUAAAAAGGAAGAAGCGGUAUGAGAAACAGCUACAGCAGAUCGACGGAACUCUGUCAACAAUAGAGUUUCAGAGAGAAGCUCUAGAAAAUGCCAGUACCAACACAGAGGUUCUCAAGAUAAUGGGUUAUGCUGCAAAGGCAUUGAAAAAUGCACACCAGGAUAUGGAUGUGGACAAAGUACACGACUUGAUGGAUGAUGUCGCAGAACAGCAGGAGAUUGCAAAUGAGAUAUCAGAUGCUAUUUCAAACCCCAUUGGAUUUGGAACCGAUGUCGAUGAGGAUGAAUUGAUGGCAGAGUUGGAAGAAUUAGAGCAGGAGGAACUUGACGAACAACUCCUGAGGGUGGAGCCAGCAGUUGGAGAGGAUCUUCCCAGUGUGCCUACUGCAGAGCCAGUUGCCCUGAAGCCCAGUAGGGCUGAAGUAGAAGACGAUGAUAUGAAAGAUUUGGCUGCGUGGGCUUCAUAACUCCUACAAUGUUAAGGAUUCUGGAUAGAGCAACGAGUUUGCAGUCAUCAGGGAACUGCACGUGCUGAAAAGGAACAGAAUAUCUGCAAUCACCUCACUGCAAUGCAUCAACACCUGCGCAUAUUACGACGGCCUCUGCUCAUCGCGCUGCUGCUGCUGCUGCGCGUUGUUUAUCUUUACACUACUCCCUGUCUGUGUUUAUGCCUCAGAUUUUCCCGGUAUCACCAACCUAGAUUGUAUUGCCCGUAAAUAAAGUGAGUUUAAUUUUUAUUAUAAUUUUACGAGUUGAAUCUUGUGGUCGCUGAGAUGUUCCGCUGGUCUAAUGAUAAUUAAACCGCAUAGCGAAUGCUAUGAUGUUGCCGAUAGAGAGAAGGGAGGGGGGGGUAAAGGAGAGAGAGAAAGCGAGUGGCGCGCAAACCAGAGAUAGGAAUCUUUACCAAUUUGUUGUCUGUUUUAUCUCAUUUUAGUGAAGGCACCAAAGUACCGCAGCACUGUCUAAUUAUCAUCGGGAGACUGUGAAAAUUAAUAACCUAAUAUGUGUGCCUUUCAGGUACAACCGUGCAUGUCAACAUGAUUACGCGGCAUAACGUUUGAAAAUAAUUAUUAUAUGCGAUAAAUAUCUAUUACGCUUAUAGAUGUUUCUUGUUAGAAAUGCUCAGUUUUUGGUACUUGUACUACAGCAUCAUUUCAUUGAUUGUAUCAAUUGUACAAUUGUAUCCUGAUUGUAUCAUUACAUAGCGUAAUGUAAUGAUAAAACGGUUUCUCGUCAUUAGUGAUGACCUGGUGGCUUAUUCUGCAUUUGGAUACUUAAUUGCUAUUCGAUUUCUAGGCUCCGUAUUCCACAUCGCUAUGCUUAACAAGCAAUGGUUAAUGCAACCAAUGAAAAUCUCGCGAGUUAUUCCAUGGACGCUGUAAUACGAAUGUUUAAUUUUGCUAACACGUUCUGCUAGUGAAUAUAGAGCCCAUCGUUUUCACAUAUACUACCAUUUUCAAAUGGCAAUUAAUUCCUUUUUUCAUUGUACUUAAUGAACUUUGGUGAAUUCUUCUGCUAGUCAUCCGAGCUUGUGGUGCCGUGUCGGAGUAAAAUUGUUCUCGGAAUAAACGUGUGAGCAAAACGACGUAAAUUGUUGUCAGUGCGUUCAUCAUGCAUUCAGUGCGUUCAGUGCGUCAUUGCAGGAAUGGAACCAUACAGGUGCCACGCGAGUCAGAUUUUCUUUGUUCCUGUAAAAUGAGAAUGUUGUGUAUGCGUAACCUAAUGAUGCUGUGUAUUUUAUUUGCACAGUGAUGGGUAAAAUUCACAAGCGACUCAUUCGUAUUGAGUUCACUCGGAGGAUGCUGUGUAGCUUACUUGAUUUCAACCAUCCACUAUGCACUAAAACCACCCGUCGCAGUGUAAGGGGUAAUCAAGAUAUAGCACGACCAUGUCUGCAGUUUUGACACUAUAGUCGUGAUAUGUUUGUGGUGUAACAUAAUAUCUGAUCAUAUCUACGUUAUGUGUGCGCGUUAGCUCUAAGAUUGCUCUCUGGGUUUGCUCUAAUUCGUUUGCCCAUAUAAGCAUUUUUAACGGGCUAGGUUUGUGAGCAGAUUAUGAGAUAGCUUUAAUAACGCACUUGAAUGCGUGGGGAGUUAUAUAUUUUGGAAGUGUUUAUGUGAAACUAGAAUAAUUGAAUGUAUUCUUGUAUUAGAAUUGUAGCCAGCGGUGGGAAACCCCGAUAUAAUUAAUGCACGAUUAGAAAACUGCAAGAGGAUUCCGUUACUGUAUGCGGAAUAUGCCAUUACGAAAGUCGUAUUUAUUGUGGGAACUUUAGCAAGUUAAAUGCCGAUAUAUUACAAUCGCAAAGUAAUUUUUUAUAGCGAUCGAAAUUGGAAUUGAAUUUAUCGGAAUCGCAUAUCGCCGUUCUGGUAUAUUAAUUGAGUUGAUACAACACUGCAGACAUGCUAAAUUAUGUUUAAGCAUGAUAUUACGAUUAAAUAAUGCGUGGAUUUUAAAGCAUGUCACAAAGCUGUUAGUACGUACCGGUAAUGAACGCAGUUACAGAUAAGGAAUACUGGUUAUGAAUUGUACUCUUAUGUAUAGUGUCUAUAAUUCUAAACUGCAGAUAUGUUAAAACAGCAUGCAUGCGCUGGCAAUACGGGAAUAGCUGCACUCACUCUAGCUUCAUCUCGGCGAAAAAAGGCACACCUCGGCCGAUCACACCUGUAGUUACACAGAUACGUACGUAAUCACGCACGUACACCCGCACGCACGCACGCACGCACGCACGCACGCGUGUACGCACAGAUAAACAGGAACGUACGUACGUAGGCGCGCAGACAUAUCAAUGCGUAAACUUACAUAUGGGCACGUGUGACUAUAAUCUAAGACAUCUUUGGCAAUUCAUUAAUAAAAUGUAAUGAAAUAUGUUUUUGUAAUGUUGUCACAUCUGUGCAGGUUGACAAGUAAUUGCGGACGGUUUGACAAUUUAAUGGGAAGAUUUUGUAAAUAAUAAGUUUCUGUUGCUGUAAUUUUUUUUAUACGAAAAAUCUUCGAAAUCCUACACGAGCUCGUGAAAUAUAAUUAUUGAAUUUAAUUUACAAG